GCUGCUGAGCCCUCGGCUCCCCUUGGUGCUCGGCUGGGAUCGCCGCUGUCACCACCAGGCCUCCAGCCUCCCCCUGAGGGGAACACAGAGGACACCAUGGCCACCUCUGCCGACCUGCUGCUGCUGCUGCUCCUGGGCCAGUCCUGGGUGGGGGCCAGUGCUGACCGGGAGGCUGUGGUCUGCGCGGACACUGCCUGCUACACAGCCCACUGGGGCAAGCUGAGUGCGGCCGAGGCCCAGCUCCGCUGCAGUGAUAAUGGGGGCAACUUGGCCACAGUGAAGAGUGAAGAGGAGGCUCAGCACACCCAGCGAGCCCUCGCCCAGCUCCUGAAGCUCCUGAAGGCGCCUCUGGGGUCUCGGAUAAGCAAGUUUUGGAUUGGGCUCCAGCGAGACAAGGGCAAGUGUUUGGAUCCCAACCUGCCGCUGAAGGGCUUCAGCUGGGUGAGCGGCGGGGAGGACACACUUUACACAAACUGGCAUAAGGAGGUCAAGACUUCCUGCAUCUCCAAGCGCUGCGUGUCCUUGCUGCUGGACCCUUCCCUGCCACCCCAGGCCGGACGCCUCCCCAAGUGGUCUGAGAGCCCAUGUGGGAGCCCAGGUGCUCCCGGAAGCAACAUCGAGGGUUUUGUGUGCAAGUUCAUCUUCAAAGGCAUGUGCCGGCCCCUGGCCCUUGGGGGCCCAGGCCAGGUGAACUAUACCACGCCCUUCCAUGCCACCACCUCCUCUCUGGAGGCCGUGCCCUUUGCCACCAUGGCCAACGUGGUCUGUCGGGAUGAGGGUAAGAGUGGGCAGCAUUACUUAGUAUGCCUGGAGAAGGAACCUCAUGUGUUCGACUGGGGCAGCUCAGGCCCCCUCUGUGUCAGCUCCAAGUACGGCUGCAACUUCAACAAUGGGGGCUGCCAGCAGGACUGCUUCGAGGGGGGCGAUGGCUCCUUCCGCUGCGGCUGUCGCCCAGGGUUCCGGCUUCUGGAUGACCUGGUCUCCUGUGCCUCUCGGAACCCUUGCAGCUCCAACCCCUGUAGAGGCAUAGCCACCUGCGUCGCUGGACCCCAGGGGAAAGACUACACGUGCCGCUGCCCCCCGGGUUACCAGCUGGAUUCUAGCCAACAGGACUGCAUUGAUGUGGAUGAGUGCCAGGGCAGCCCCUGCCCCCAGGAGUGUGUCAACACCCCCGGGGGCUUCCACUGUGAGUGCUGGGUGGGCUAUGAGCCCAGUGGAGAGGAGACCUGUCAGGAUGUGGAUGAGUGUGCCCGGGACAGCUCACCCUGUGCCCAGAACUGUACCAACACUGAAGGCUCAUUUGUCUGUUCCUGCCAGGAGGGCUACAUCCUGACAGGGGAGGACAGCACCCAGUGCCUGGAUGUGAACGAGUGUGAGGGCCAGCAGGGGAGACUCUGUCAAGGCCUCUGCUUAAAUACUCAGGGAUCUUUCUAUUGCAGCUGCCGGCCAGGCUGGGAGCUGGCCCCCGACAAGGUCUCCUGCAUUGUGAGUUCUGUGACCACAGGGUCAUCGACUGGGCCUCCCCAGGAUGAGGACACAGGAGAUGGAGAACGCAAAUCUGCGCCUUUGACCACCAUGUCCAGCCCCACCAUGAGCCCUGAGGACACGCCCAAGGUGGUCCCCACCAUGAGGAGAUCCUCCCUUCCCCACAACACACCCAUCAUGCCUUCCCCACCUGAGAUGCUGGCCCCCACUAGGCCUCCUGACAUCCAGAUGGAGCUCAGCACCUAUGACCGCACAGUCAUUGCUGGCCAUGAGGAGUCCACAGGUGGUGGGGACUUCGUGGCCAAACAAAGUGACGGCACUGAUGGGCAAAAACUACUUUUGUUUUACAUCCUGGGCACGGUGGUAGCCAUCUUGCUCUUGCUGGCUCUGGCUCUAGGGCUAUUGAUCUAUCGCAAGAGGAGAGCGAGGAGAGAGGAGAUGAAGGAGAAGAAGCCCCAGAGUGCAGCAGACAGCUACUCCUGGGUUCCAGAGCGAGCUGAGGGCAGGGCCAAGGAGAAUCAGUACAGUCCAACGCCUGGGACGGAUUGCUGAAGGCAAGGUGGUCCCUGAAACCAUGAACAGUUGGCUGGAAACAACCUCAGAAUUUUACGUGCCCCAUGAGAAGGGGGACCUACAUCCUUCCAAAAGACUGAAUUGGAAUCUUAUCAAGCCAUUCUAAACCUUCUCCUUAAAAGUCUGGCAGCUUGAAAUGUGUAGGUAUUUUCUACAUGAGUAAGGUGUUCCUGAAGUGGAAGCUAAAUGUUGGGGUGUCAUUGUGGGAAUUUUGUAAAUAUUAAUGCCUCUCACCCCCACCUUUUCAGAUUUUAAUGUGACUUAUUGUUUUUUGUGCGCUGAUUUUGGGUGGAGGUGUUACAGAUCAGGUGCUAAUAGGAAUCCUUUUGAACUGCUUCUCUGCUUACUUGAGUAAUCUGGAAAAGACUUUCUACUCAUACUAUCUGGGGUUGAAAUGAUUUGCUCCUCUUAGGGUAAUACAGAUCAAGUUGAUUAUCAAAUUAUAUAAGAAGCUCCCUUUUUUGUCAAGUGAGUGGAUUCAGGACUAAAAACUUUUCUUUACAUUUGCAUUUCUGCAUUUUCCCAUCAUCAAUUUUGCUGCGUGGAUGUUGGUGAAAUCCCCCAAAUGAGCAACCAGAAGUGCAAGAAACUGCUUAGGUAGCAAAGAGGCAGGAAGUUCCGAAAUCUAUUUCUUAAGAUAUGUCUGGGGUUCAUUUGCAAGUGAAGUCUGAAUAAUGUGAGGAAUUAAAUAUGAAGUGAAUUAAAAGUGGUUUUGAAAACAUGUAGUCUAAGGGGCUGGAGAGUGAGACCAGGGGAUUGUUUCACAAGUGCUUGAAUGGAUUCAUCCAAAUAUAUUGAUGUUGACACAUACUUGACUAUUGCUGGAGGAGCACUCAUAAGGAAAAACAGUCCAGGACAACUCCACUGGCUAGUGCAGCCCCAGGAUAGCCUCCCACGCUGCCCCACCUUCCCUGCAUGCUGCUCUGGCUGAGGGGGCUUUGCUUGUACAUAAAAGAAGUGCUAGAGAGUCUCUCAUUCUGCUGGUUACUGAAGCACUUCUGAGGAAGAGGGAGGAGCUUCUGAGUUUUGAAAGAUGUCCUAGUAAAGCAUCUUAGCCUUCACAGUUGAUCUUGCCUCCUGACAGCCUGAUCCUGAGAUGGAGCUGCAGCACACAGCCCAGUUCUGUGCGAUGCCCUGCAGUGCUGCCUAAGGACAUUUUGGUUUCUCUCUUUUCCUUAAAAUGGGGGUGGGGAGGGAAGAAAGAGAAGAGGAGAGCAUAACUAAGGUUUCUUGAAAAUCAAAACUGCUGUAAGCAAUUUUAAAUUGUUCACUUAAUAUAUAAGUAACCGUCUGUGCAGAGUAUCUCCCCUUACCGCCCCCCUCCCAUGUUAGGAUCAAGAGUGUUCUUUCCUCCCUGUUUCUGUCCAGGUCCCUGGAAAGUAGCGGGGGAUUCCUGAUGGUCAGAACUCUGCAGCUGGGAGGCGGGGGUCUCCUGGGGGGCUUUCUGCUGCCGCUGUGCACAGCAACAGAGGGAAGUUUUCCACCAGGGAGUUCACCUUUGCUUCUUAGACUGAGGGCACCUCAUUGUUUUGGUUUCAUCUUAGAAAUGCCUGUGUCCCAGAGGUCUCUGCCCUGGGCAGGAAUAGCCACCAGGUGCAUGGCCUUCAAAGCUAAGCCAAUAUCCUUUUGCCAAGUGUGAAUAUAGAUGCAGUAGUUCAGAUUUUUUUAAGAAAGAAUGAAAAACUGAAGGAGCGCGAUUGAAAGGAAAGAUGAGGCUUAGUGGGGCUCAGUGGGGUGUCUGGAACUUGUGUUUCUAAAGUCACCUGGUAUUCUUCAGUUUUCAGCUGAAACACCAGUGUUGAACUCUUUCGGAGAAAACGGCCAUGUGGCCUGUGGCAUUCUCUUGAAUGAGAACCAAUCAUUCAGCCAUUUAGAUGAUUUUAAAGACUUGGUCAGAUGUGACUGGUAUCUUCACAUACAGGAAAUAAAUGCAAAUUCAACAAUUUUACCUCUAGGCCUUUACAAUUCUUAUCCUUAUCAUUCCGGGGAAGGAGACUUUCCUAUUGUACACUUCCCAUCACCCCUCCGUGGUCCUGGCAAUCCUGAACUGGCUGAGGUCAACAGUGAGACAUUUCGUCUCAGUGUUUGGAUUUCCUACAUAGCCCAGGCUCAUUUUGUGCUUUCUCUUCCAAUUUCUCUGUGGUUGGGAAUAUGAAGACUUGUUCUAGACACCAGGGAAAUCUUGGAUCCCUGCUGUGGAUCCACAGGGAAGAAACGGACUGAUAAGCAAAAGUUACUCAAAAUAUCUUCAGGUAAUCAGCUCUUUCCAAAGCGAGGGAGCCCUUUCUACCAAGAUAACUGAACUCGACAGCCUCUGUUAGUAAAUCUGAUGAACACUGGUGUCUUCAAAUACAUACUCUAUUCUCCCACUUAAUGCCACUGUCAUUUUGUCUAUGGCUUGCAAAUCUUUUUUUUUUUUUUAAAUCAGUUGGCCAUUUUUUUUUAAAAGAUUUAUUUAUUCAUUUUAUACAAGAACUGGGGUACAGGCCAGAUGUGCAGGAGGGUAAGAGGAUUCACUAGAGAUAGAGCGGGGAACAGAACAGGCAGACUGAUGAAAUACACUGCUGAGGGGAGCAGCAGGCCAGACAGGAGAGGUCUGCUGUGCCAUGUGGGACCCUUGCUGGCCGGCUGGGAUCAAACCGGUGCUGCAGAGGCUACGGACAGCGGACAGCUUCACAGCGAGGCACUCAACUGCCUGCGCCACCAGAGGAGGCCCUGGUUUGCAAAUCUUUGUUUGGGGAAGCUUGGGGGCCACAUAAGUGGAUAAUCCGUUUGUUUGUUCAGAGGGACCCCAUACUGUGACUCAGCCAGACAAAUGGAGGGAACAGAGGGUGGGGACAGGAGUGCUCUGUGUGUGCAGACUCUGCCAAUUGUGCCCUGGCCUGGAGGCGGGGUUGGGGUGGGGGGAGGCAGAUGACACCCUGUUCUGUCCUGCCCUGUCCAGCAAAAGAACAAGUUAGGGCAAGAAGGAGAAAGAAAAGUUUCCACUGAGCAACAGGCUCAAAAACAGUGGAGACUUUUGUCCAAAUAGAAUUUCCCACAGUACAGUAAUUCUGGGAGACUCUUGGAAAAACUAUAUUAGGAACUUAAUCCUCCCUCCCACCUCCCAAGGCAGGUAAUUUAAAAGGGAGAUGACUCUUUAGACAUGCAACCCACUAUGCCUGUUUCUGAAUUUUCAGACAAUUGCUGAUCUUUUUCUUGUUCAUUGUCUGGAGAGGCCUGUGCAGGAUGUUCCCCCAGGGAGUCUGUGGGGUGUCAAAAAAAACAAGGGUGGGGCAAUGGUCUGAAAAAGCUUGGUAGGGGUGCUCUCACCCCUUUGUGGGAUGAACCCUCUGCUCAACUGUGGCCUCCAGGUAAAUGCAGCAUCUCUGGUAGAACUUCCAUCUCUGGUGGAACUUUUGGUCACUCGUAAGCUGAAGAUGAUUGGACUGACAUGGUAACUCAACACUCCACCUGCUUCCCUCUGGCACCUCGAAGGGGGUGAAUUUACUGGGUUCUGUCCUGCUGAAGGUCAGCAGGCUGCAGUGAUUGCUAAGUCUGGCAAGGCUAACUCUAGUCCUAAGUGUUAUUCAAUAAUAGACUUGAAAUCCUUUGGAAAGACUCAUUCUAGCAUCUUCUUCAACAUGUUAGACCAAAAAGUGGAGUAAAAAACUAAAUAUACAUGUGUGCAUGCAUUUGUAUGCUUUGUAGGAGGAAUGGGAUUAAAAACAAUUCUCUUAAAUAUACAGGUACAUGUUGCUAUUCUUUUUUUUUUUUUUUAGUCUUUAUCGUUAAGCUUAGUUUGAACAUAUUUGUCCUAGCCUUUUAUCACUGAGAAAGAAAAAAUAUGGACUUGAUCAUUAAGUACUUUGUUUCAACCAUCUUUCCCGUGAAAAUUAAUAGAACAGAAAUGAGGUUUGACCAAAAAUAAUUUACUAAAAUUCAAAAUAACACAGUUUUUUUAAAACAAAUUUAGGAAAAUCUUUUCCUAUUAUUUUUUUAUUCUUAGCUGCUCCAUUGUCCAAAUCAGCAAAACAGGAAAGCAUUGCUUUCUAGCAGCUGCAAAGUGUUGUAAUGUAUCAUACAUAUUUCCAUCACCUUAAACAAUAGGUUUAGCAUGGGAAUCUGAAAUACAACCUCUAAAAACAUCUUUCCCUUCUUUAUCUGCAAAACUUGCUAUAUAAAUUUGUCUUGUUUGUAUUGUUUGUCAAUCAAAAAGGAGGGUAAUCAUCAAAAUUCUUCAUGUAUUCAAUACCCAAGUAACUUACUCCACUCCAGAUUCCCAAAAUAACACUCACUGAAGUACUUUUUAAAAAAUGAAAUGUGUUUUGGUCUUUUUUUGGAGAUAAUGCACAUUUAUUUUAGGAAGAAGCUCUGAAAUUCCUUUCUUGCAUUGUUUCUCUUAUCUGCAAGGUGGCAAGCAUUUCCUUUCAGCAGAUUUUGCUUGCAUUUUCUGGGGUUGCAGUUCUUUUUGUAUAGUUGGCUUAAGCUUGAAUUAGAUCUCCCACAAGGCCUUGCUCUGUGCUAGUAGAUGCAACUAUAAAUAUCAGUGAUCACUUCAUGAACGCUAAAAGAAAAUACAAGUAUUUUUAAAUAUGUGCAUUUGAAUUUCGUUCCACUAAUUUUGGAAUUAUGGCGUUUCUAUGUUAAUUUUCUUCCAAAGCAUGAAUGUUUGCCAGGUUGGGGGGAUAGAAGGUUGGACUCUGAAAACCAAGUGACAUUUCGGUCACUGUCAAGUAGUAAAGAUUUGUCAUUCUUUAUUCUUUGUGUUAUGCAUCUAUCUAAUAAACUCUGAAAUACAUUUGAGUCAGCAUCUUUUUAACUUAUUUUAUGACAACUCA